CUUCCAUGUGAUGGAGUCACAGAAUACCGCCUGGAGUCCGGAGAACUGGUUACAACCAAGCCAAGAACUCCCCUUCCCCUCCUUAUACACAUGAUGACAACUACCUGUGUCCAUGGCCGUCCCCACCUUCGUGUAUGACCACAGUAAUACUCAGAUCAGUGUUACUAAUCCAAUAACUAAUGAUAAAUAAUCCUGAUCCAUUAAAAUUCUUUUUAUCUGGCAUAAAGAAGACCUGACAAAUGAUGGGGUAUGACACGUUCUGGGCAAUCUGCUUUUAUUUCUCCCCGCAGUAACAGCGCCACUCUGGUCCAUAAGGCUGUGUCUGGUAUAGCAGUGUAAAAACCAGCAAUACCAGUCACAGCCAUUAAUAAGACGGGCGCUGUUUCUCACCUCAUACAACACAAUAACUGGUCACCUGCUCUGGCUUCUAGUUCUGAUUCUGUGAGGUUGCAGGUUAUCAUGAGAUUCUCCUGCCGGAAAAAAAAUGUUUAGAUCUUCACAAUGUUAAAUAAAAGUAAUUUUACUGAAUUAAUAAAGUCAUAGGAACAACAAGAACACAAGAAAUACACAACACACAAAAAAGGUUUUCAUGUAUACCAAUUACAUUUGUAUUUUUGCAUACAUUUAAAUGGGUAUUACAAUCUCAUAUAUAUCGGUGGUAUAAAGCUAGGAUCACUUUAUGGGAAAGAUGGGUCCAAGCUGCGGACCCUUGAGUAAUGUGACUCAAGUGGGGUCCCAGAGGUUCAGAUCUUCCCCUGUCCCCCCCAAACACAAUGAUCAUAAAGUAAUCCUACCGAUAUAUCAUUACCAACCAGUGGCUCUUCAGCUGUCCGGACAUGCUGGGGGUGGGGUUGUAGUUUUGCAACAGCUGGAGGCACACUGGUUGGGAAACACUGGUCUAGACCAGUGGUCUUUCAAAAGGGGUACUCCGCUGGAAAGCUGGGGCCAGAAAGUUAAACAGAUUUGUAAAUUACUUCUAUUUAAAAAUCUUAAUCUUUCCAGUACUUAUCAGCUGCUGUAUUCUGCAGAGGAAGUUCUUUUCUGUCUGAACACAGUGCUCUCUGCUGACACCUCUGUCCAUGUCAGGAACUGUCGAGAGCAGGAGAGGUUCGAUAUGGGGAUUUGCUCCUACUCUGGACAGUUCCUGACAUGGGCAGAGGUGUCAGCAGAGAGCACUGUGGUCAGACAAAGUAAAUUCAAAAAGAAAAGAACUUCCUCUGCAGAAUACAGCAGCUGAUAAGUACUGGAAGGAUACACAUUUUUUUAAAGUUAUUUACAAUUCUGUUUAACUUUCUG